ACUGGGCCGCUGCCAUCCGAGUCGCCGCCCUGGACUGUGCGGAAGAGAAGAACCACGAGGUGUGCCGCGCCUACGAGAUCCACUUCUACCCCACCUUCCGGGGGGCGGACUGGAAGCUGAGAAGCAGACCCAGGUCUGUGUGCGCGCGUGUGCGGUCACUCGCCUGCACCCGAGCGCAUCACGGUGACUUUACAUCUCAGGGAACAUGCUGAGCUAUGGAAGUGACGUCUGAGAAGCUUGGAGACCCCCCAGCCUCUCAGCCCUCACAUCCCACGCUCUCUAUUGUGCAGCGUCAGAUGCUUCUCCUCUAAGUGUUGACCUGGUGACAGCCGUGCAUCCGUCUCCUGGCUGGGCCAUGCCCACUGGUCGGCCUGGUGCCCCGGCCCCACCAGAGUCACCCUCCCCUUGAGCCCCGUGUCGAAACGUGUUACUCUUUUAUUUUCCUGUCUUACUUUGUUUCAGCUUUACACACAGGGCUCUGUGUGCUGUGUGUGAGCUUCGGGCCGCCUCUUUCCUAACAGGACGUUGCUAGAAUCACCCGCACGCUGGGUGGGGCUGGGCUCCGCCAGCAGCACGGUUUACCGCCACGGGCCCUGAGCUGCCGGGCACUCGUGUGUGUGUCCUGUGCCGCCUGGCGCCGGCCUGGAGUGCGGUGCUGGGCCUUCCCUGCUGACGGGUGACAGGGAGUGAUCACUACUCCGCGGGUGGCCCUGUCUGUUGGUAUCAUUUGCCCGUUUUCCUCUCCCCCGUGUGUGCUUUUCUGACUGAUUUACAGGAGUCCUGUGUCUUCCCGACACUCGCCCUCCUUCAGCUAUGCGUGUCCGGGGGUGUCAGCACCCAGCCUGUCACUGUUUCCACUGUCUUUACUGUGUCUUUUAACGAAGAAAGUUUUUAAUUUUGAUGUAAAGUCCUUUUGUUCUGCUCAGAGACACUUGAUAUAGUGCCUGCCCUCGUCCCUAGGAGUUUUUGUGUCGUUGAGCGGACAUACCGCGAACAUGUAGCACCAGGAGCCUUUAGGGGAUGCGCCGUCUGCCAGAGCUCCGGCCCUAAAGAGCGGGGUUCCGCUUGGCACUGAGCAGCCGCUCGCGAGUCUGGAGGGAAGCACUGGCGUCCACAGAAGCACACAGGAAUGUGGUUCGUCGUCAGUCAACGUCACGUGUCUGGAACAAAGGGACUAAAGCUCUCAGAGACGAUGUCGUUUUGUUGCUUAAAGGUUAAACGUUCACACAGACGCCAGGCAAGGCUGUUGCUUAUUUGUUCUGUGUUUCUUCUUAGUAUUUUAAAGCAUUUGCAAAGGACUUUACAACUGGAGAAGAUUUUAAAGGUAAGGACCUGAGUGUUCUAUUCUACCGUCCUAGACCCCUUCCCCCUUAGAUGAAUCUGUUCACGUGGGGCGAGAACGCGCCCUGGCUGGGUCUGCCCCUCACCCCGGCUUUGGCGCGCUUACGUCGGCACAUCGGCCCUUCCCUUCCUGUAAGGGUUCAAACGGUCCUAGUUGCAGCGAGAAUUCUUUCUUCUGUGCUUUGCCUUCCUUGGCAAAUACGGUGGGAAAUUUAUUUUCUUAAGUAAACUUUUCUGGAAAAAAGAAAAGUUUGAGAAGUGCACACAUCACAAGGGCACCCCGAUGAAUUUUUGUCAGUGAUCCCCCCCAGCUCCCCCCAGGAGCCCACAGUGAGGGCAGUCUGCCUGCCUCUGAACUUGGUGUAGAUGGGCACAUGCCUCUGUCUCCAGGCCGCGUGCGUGUGCGUGGGGGGGGGUGCCCCCCCGUGGCCGUGUGUCCCUGGAGCCCACCGAUUCCCACGCUGGUUGCUGAGAGGCCUCCCGGCAUGUGCAUCCACGGCCGUGUGCGCUCGCCCUAUCGGGGCCCUGGGGUGGGACGGGCGCUCGGCAGGCAGACGCGGCCGUGACGGUGGGUGCCGCCCUGCAGGGCCGGACAGAGAGCCGCAGACGGUGCGGCACACGAUGAUCGACUUCCUGCAGAGCCACACGGACGAAGGCAGGCCUCCCGGGUGCCCGUCUUUGAACCCCAUUCGGCCCAGGGACGUUCUUUCUCUCAUUGACAACAGCGGCGGCCGUUACGUGGCUGUCUUAUUUGAAAGCAACAGCUCCUACGUUGGACGUGAGGUGAUCUUAGACUUGAUUCCCUACGAGAACAUCGAGGUGAAGAGAGCGCUGGGCUGGGAUAAAGCCUUUCUGCAGAAGCUCGGUGUUUCUUCUGUCCCCUCGUGUUACUUGAUUUACCCAAACGGGUCCCACGGAUUAGUUACCGUCGGGAAGCCUCUCCGAUCGUUUUUCUCCUCUUACUUGAAGUCAUUGCCGGAUGUGAGGAAGAAAUCGCUUUCAUUGCCUGAAAAACCAAGCAAAGAAGACACCUCUGAAGCCGUGGUGUGGAGGGAAUUUGACAGGUCGAAGCUGUACGCGGCUGACCUGGAAUCGGGGCUGCACCACCUCCUGAGGGUGGAGCUGGCAGCCCGCAGGUCCCUGGCCGGGGCCGAGCUGAAGACACUCAAGGACUUCGUCACCGUCCUGGCCAAGCUGUUCCCCGGGCGGCCACCGGUCAGGAAGCUGCUGGAGACGCUGCAGGAGUGGCUGGCCAGCCUGCCCCUGGACAGGAUCCCCUACGACGCCGUCCUCGACCUGGUCAACAACAAGAUGCGGAUUUCUGGAAUAUUCCUUACUAAUCACAUAAAGUGGGUUGGAUGUCAAGGAAGCCGACCAGAGCUGAGGGGCUACACAUGUUCUCUGUGGAAAUUGUUCCACACUUUGACUGUUCGAGCUGGGACCCAUCCAAAAGCGCUGGACGGCACAGGGUUUGAAGACGACCCCCAGGCAGUGCUGCAGGCCAUCAGGAGGUACGUUCACGUCUUCUUCGGGUGUAAGGAAUGCGGUGAGCAUUUUGAGGAAAUGGCUAAAGAAUCGAUGGAUUCCGUGAAAACCCCGGACCAGGCAAUCCUCUGGCUUUGGAAGAAGCAUAACGUGGUCAACAGCCGCUUGGCAGGCCACCCGAGUGAGGACCCAAAGUUCCCAAAGGUUCCGUGGCCCACUCCGGACCUCUGCCCGGCCUGCCAUGAGGAGAUCAAGGGCCUGACCAGCUGGAACGAAGGCCAGGUGCUCCUGUUCUUGAAGCAGCACUACAGCAGCGACAACCUCGAGGACAAGUACUCCUCGGACUUGGGAGACGCUGGUGAAGGCGCCCCGGCCACGGGCGCGGAGCGGGCGGGGGGCCAUGCUUCCCCAGGGCAGCCGCCGGCAGACCAAGGUGCCGAGAGUCUCCGUCCUCCCGGCGUGCUGCCCCCCAGGCCUCGCCUGUCAGAGAGGUCGCAGCAGGCGCUGGACGUGAAGCUCGGGAGUCUGAGCGGGGCCGAGGGCCGCCGGGGGGCGGGGGCGGGGGCGGCCUUCCUGGGGACGGGCUUCUCCAGCCUGGACAUGAGCCUGUGUGUCGUGCUCUACGUGGCCUCGUCCUUGUUCCUCAUGUUAAUGUACUUCUUCUUCCGGGUGCGGUCCAAGCGGUGGAAGGUCAAGCACCACCACCCGUCCGUGUAGGACGCGGCGAGGCCGCGGAACCGCCUUCAGAAAGCCUGCAGCUUUAAUCUUCAGAUCAGGGAUUCGGUCAACACUCGGACCUGGUGUCGCCUCCAUGGCGCCCUCUGCUCCCCCACGUGCUCUCCCUGCAGGGGCCGCACCCGGCACGUGGCGAGACUGUCUGCACUCCUGGGGCCCUCAGGUGGCGCCUUGCACAGAUCCUGGAGCGGAAAGCCUUGUCUGCCCUUACUCUUCCGGGUCUGAAAAAGAAGUGGGGAGGCCAGGCCCCGCGAACAGAGCUUUGCCGCCCGCUUUCAGCUCGAGUUGCUAGACUGCAAGGCCUCGCUCUGGGAUCUGGAGAAAACGCACUCUCUUCCCUCCCCCGCUGGGGCCUCCGGACGCCUCCCCUUCCCGCUGCUCCUCGAAGCCAGUGAUCUCAGUGGUUCACUCGCCGCUUGAUUGUUUCUGCUUGAGGCAAGAGAACAUCUCCGGGCGCCAAGGCAGCUCCGGACCGGGGAAGGGAAGCCCCUUAGUCAGUCGUCCCGGGCUCUGCAGACGUGGAGAUGAGAGUGUGGAGGGGAAGGGGGGCCGGUGGGUUUGCGGGGCAGGGUGGUGCCCCUCUAGUCUCCAGGGGCAUCGUCUGUGCUUGUUAAUCUGGUGACCAGAGGCCGUAAGCGAAUCCCAGUCUGCGUCCACUGUGGGAGGGGAGGGCCUUUGGGGAGGGGGCUGCCUUCAGGAUCUCUGAAGAGAUCCUGUGUCGUCAUCCUCCAGCACCUGCCAGUCCCCGUGAGAACCUAGGGCUCGGUGUGAGGGAGCCGGUGGCGCCCGGGGCAGAGUGUGGUCUGGGCCAAGCUUCAUUUGCCUGGGGCUGUUUCACCAUGGGUCCUGGUGCAGGGCCCCAGUGCCCCAGGCUUCGAUGAUUAAUUUUCUAACAUUGAAUGGUUUUAACACAUUAUUUGUAAAACCCAAAACAUUUGGAAGUAAAUUUGCCUCUGAAAAUGUAAACAAAGAAACAGAACAAACUAUGGCAGGGAACGGUUCCUUUGA